AUGGAUCGCAUAAUAAAUGAUGAAGGCGUGAUAAAUAGAAGAAAUAAUAACAUAAAUAAAUCUAACGUGAUUAAAGAGGAAGGAAAAUACCAAUAUGAAAAAACUGAACCCAAAAAGGGGAAAGUUAUAGCCUUAAUUUUUGUGUCAUUGCUAUUAGAUCUUUUAGCAUUUACCAUGAUUUUACCACUUUUGCCUUCACUACUUGAUUACUAUAGUAAAGAAGAAGGUCAAGGCAAUUCUCUCUAUGCAACAUUGGUAUAUGCAGUACAAGGUUUUCAGAAAUUAACUGGUGCACCAGAUCGUUUUUCAUCAGUGCUGUUUGGAGGAGCCUUAGGCUCUAUGUAUAGUUUUUUGCAAUUUUUGACAAGUCCUAUUGUCGGCAGUUUAUCAGAUGCCUAUGGAAGGAAACCACUGCUUUUAGUUUGCUUGAUCGGAAUUGCAAUUUCACACGCCUUAUGGAGCAGCGCAAGCACGUUCAGUAUCUUUGUUUUGGCUCGAUUCAUUGGUGGACUGAGUAAAGCAAACAUCAGUUUAAGUAUGGCCAUUGUGACUGAUGCAUCUGAUGAAAAGACUAGAGCUAGGGGAAUGGCACUUAUAGGAUUAGCAUUUUCAAUCGGAUUCAUAGUGGGUCCAAUGGCUGGUGCAUGGUUCGCGAAAACAAACGACGUUUAUUUUGGAAUGUGGGGCCAGAGACCGGCGUUAUAUGCACUAUCUCUUUCUCUCGCCAACAUUGUUCUCGUUUAUUUAUUUAUACCAGAAACACUAUCUAAGGAUAAAAGAGCACCCCUUUCGCUGUCUCUUUCUAAAGCGGUCGAAUUUGUUUCUCCCUUGCACCUUUUAAAAUUUACUGCUGUCGAAAAUCUGUCACAGCAUCAAAACAAACAAGGGAAAAUGUUUUUAGUCAUAGGGUUGAUAAUGGCAGUGCUACAAGGUGGUGCUGCUAGAAGAUUAAGUCCAAAAGGAGCUGAGCGGGCGGCGCGGUGGGCUUUGAUACUUACGCCACUCUCUUUUCUGUGCGUGGCACUAGCAGCGUGUAACAAGCCACCUCUCCUAUCAGCUAUUGUUUGGCUGUGGGCUGGUCUCGUACUCUUCGCAUUAUCGACAGCGUUCGCGGUGUCGUGUAUGACGACGAUGGCGGCGGCGCAGGCGCCCGCGGCGGCGCGUGGCGGCGUGUUGGGCACGCUCCGCUCGCUGGGCGCCCUCGCACGCGCUGCUGGCCCACUGCUGGCCUCCGCUCUUUAUUGGUACUUUGGUGCAGCGACAACCUACUCUUUUGGAUCAAUCAUUCUAAUCGUCCCUGCUGUGAUGUUAUUUAGACUGAAAACAUGA